AUGGGAAGAGGUCCAAAGAAACAUUUAAAAAGAUUAGCAGCUCCACAUCAUUGGAUGUUGGACAAAUUAUCUGGUGCUUACGCUCCAAGAUCAUCAGCUGGUCCACAUAAAUUAAGAGAAUCAUUACCAUUAAUUGUCUUUUUAAGAAACAGAUUAAAGUAUGCUUUAAAUGGUAGAGAAGUUAAAGCUAUUAUGAUGCAACAACAUGUUCAAGUUGAUGGUAAAGUUAGAACCGAUUCAACUUUCCCAGCUGGUUUUAUGGAUGUUAUUACCUUAGAAGCUACUAAUGAACAAUUUAGAUUAAUCUAUGAUGUUAAAGGUAGAUUCACUGUUCAUAGAAUUUCACAAGAAGAAGCUUCAUAUAAAUUAGGUAAAGUUAAAAAAGUUCAAUUAGGUAAAAAAGGAAUUCCAUAUGUUGUUACUCAUGAUGGUAGAACUAUUAGAUACCCAGAUCCAUUAAUUAAAGUUAAUGAUUCAGUUAAAAUUGAUUUAGCUUCAGGAAAAAUCACUGAUUUCUUAAAAUUUGAUACUGGUAGAUUAGUUAUGGUUACUGGUGGUAGAAAUAUGGGUAGAAUUGGUGUUAUUACUCAUAGAGAAAAACAUGAAGGUGGUUUUGAUUUAGUUCAUAUUAAAGAUUCAUUAGAUAAUGAUUUCGUUACUAGAUUAGGUAACGUUUUUGUUAUUGGUGAAGAACAAGGUAAACCAUGGGUUUCAUUACCAAAAGGUAAAGGUAUUAAAUUAUCUAUUACUGAAGAAAGAGACAGAAGAAGACAACAACAAGGUUUAUAA